AUGAGUCUAUUUCGGGCCACUUUUAAGUGUCUUAUCAGUAUUGCCAAGUGCAAUACCAAAGAUACUGAGCUAGCACUGCAGGCCUACAAGUUCACAAUGAACAACAAGCUGUCACGUAUCACCAGGCAGCCUACUCCCAUCUGCCUAGUUACAGUCAAGCGCAUGCUUUAUCUCACCCUGUCACGUGUGCGCGAAACGCCACCGCAUUGGUCAUUUCAGACCGGGGGAAGUUGUUUUUGUUAUAAUUCAGGAAGAACCCUACUCAUUUCAAAAAUAGGUGGGGAUUUUUGUCAGAAUUACAUUAUUUUGAAAGGAAAUGAUUAUAAACUUGAGCACUUAUCGAGUGUGGAUAGCGAGCUCCUGUGUCGAGCAAAUAGAUACAUCUCCCAUCACCUGCCAAUCAAUCACAAUAUCAGCCCAGCCACCCCACCUGUGUGGUCGGACCAGGUCUGGCCCAUUGGCAUGGCGAUGAUGGAGGAAGGGGCGCGGAGCUGCCUACUUCAGUCACGCUCCAGCCUGGAGCAGGACAUCAGGGCUUCCUACCUGAUGGAUCACAUGAUCAGUGACGGUGUGCUGACGGGGGAUGAGGAGGACAGGAUCAGGAGCAAGCCCACCAGGAGAGAGCAGGCGGCGGCCCUGCUGGAGCUGCUCCUGAGGAAGGAUAACCAGGCCUACAUCUCCUUCUACAACGCCCUGGUCCGAGAGAGCUACGGAGACCUGGCCAUCCUGCUCCACAACAGCCUGCCCCUGGUCUCCCCUGAGGCUGAGAAGAGCUUCUCAGACGGUGGCACCCGCUAUGUCCAGGCGGUGCUGAGUGAGGGCGGCGUGCCCCAGAGACCCGUGGUGUUUGUGAGCCGGCCAGCCCUGAUGAACCGGGUCAUGGAGAAGCUCUAUCGCUUGCAGAAGGAGCCCGGCUGGGUCACUGUGUUCGGCAUGGCUGGCUCCGGCAAGUCUGUUUUGGCUGCGGAGGCAGUCCGAGACCACGCACUCAUCACAGAGUGUUUUCCAGGAGGAGUCCACUGGCUGUCCAUAGGCCAGCUGGACCGGUCUGACCUGCUGGUUAGGAUCCAGUCACUGUGUUUCCGCCUGGAGCAGCAGAGCCAGGAGAAAGACCCCUCGUCCUCCCUCCACCGGCCUCCUGGCUCUCUGGAAGAGGCCAAGGAGCGACUACGCUUCCUCAUGCUCCGUCGUUACCCCAGGUCGUUGCUGAUACUGGAUGACAUCUGGGACAGCUCGGUGCUCAAGGCCUUUGACAUACAGUGUCGAGUACUGCUCACCACCCGAGACAGAAGCCUAGCCGACUGUGUCAGCGGUCCUAAGUCUGAGGUGGCAGUGGAGAGUGGUCUGGAGGAGGGUCAGGCCUUGGAGAUCCUCGCCCUGUAUGUCAACAGGAAACCCCAGCGACUCCCAGAACAGGCCCGCAGCAUUGUCCGAGAGUGCAAAGGCUCUCCCUUGGUGGUGUCCCUAAUCGGGGCCCUGCUGCGGGAGUUCCCGGACCGCUGGGCCUACUACCUGCACACGCUCCAGCAGAAGAAGUUCAAGCGUAUCCGUAAGUCGUCUUCGUAUGACUACGAUGCCCUUGACCAGGCCAUGGCUGCCAGCAUCCAGGUCCUGUCUGAGGAACACAGGGAGCGGUACAUUGACCUCACCGUGCUGGAGAAGGACGUCAAAGUACCUGCCAAGGUUCUGUCAGUUCUGUGGGAUCUAGAACCGGAGGAGGUGGAGGACGUUCUCCAGGACUUUGUGAACAAGUCCCUACUGUUCCGUGACUGUCACCACCGGCCCUACCUCUACUACCUCCACGACCUCCAGCUGGACUUCCUGGCUGAGAUGAACCGCUCUGGUCUAGAAAGCCUCCACACCAAGGUGGUGCGUCAGUACCAGCAGCGCUACAGCAAGGGUCCUCCCACCUCAGGAGAUGAAGAGUGCCUCUACUGGUUCAGAUUCCUCACCUACCACAUGGCCAAGGCCAACCUCACGGAGGAGUUGUACUCUCUGAUGUUCUCUCUGGACUGGGUCAGAACUAAAGCUCAGAUUAUGGGACCGGCUCAUCUCAUCAAUGACUAUUUGGAGUACAGCACCAUACUGGACAAAGAGAACAGCGAGGUGCGAGGCCACUUCCAGGAGUUCCUGUCUCUGAACGGCCACCAGUUGGAGCAGCGUCCGUUCCCUGACGUAGUGCAGCUGGCCCUGUCCCAGCCAGACUCCUCUGAGGUGUACCGCCAGGCCCUGCUGCAGGCGCAGGAGAGGGCCACCAGAGGGGGACUCUACCUUGACUGGGUGAACAAAAGUAGUCUGAAGAGCCUGUCUCGUCUGGUGGUCCAGCCCCACCAGGGAUCCAUCUACUCUGCCUGCUUCUCCCACGACGGCACCAAGAUCGCCUCCUGUGGCUCCAGCAAGACACUGCGAGUGUUUAAGAGCACGUCUGGGGAGAAGCUGCUGGAGAUCCAGGCCCACGACGAUGAGGUGCUCUGCUGCGCCUUCUCCCCGGAUGACCGUCUCCUAGCAACCUGCUCCAGUGAUAGGAAGGUCAAGGUUUGGAAUGUGGAGCGUGGGACUCUGAUGAGGAUGUUUGAGGACGAACACGAGGAGCAGGUCAACCACUGUCAGUUCACCAACACACGCCGACGCCUCCUACUGGCCACCUGUUCCAACGACAAGUUCAUGAACACCAAGCUGUGGAACAUCAAUAAACCCUCUUCCCAGAACACCAUGUUUGGUCAUUUGGAGCCUGUCAAUCACUGCUGUUUCUCCCCUGAUGACGCCUACCUCUCCACCUCUUCCAGCGACGGAACCCUGAAGCUGUGGGAGGUGUCCUCGGCUAAUGAAUGGAAGUCCAUAGACGUGGCGGACAUGUUCCCGGAGCAGAGAGAGCAGACGGAGGUCAUGGUGAAGUGCAGCACCUGGUCAGCAGGCGGCAGGACCAUCAUCUGUGCUGCCAGGAACGCAGUCUUUGUGUUUGAUGUAGAGACGGCGGCCAUGUUGUUGGAGAUCCGGACCAGUCGUCUGAGCACGGUGCAGUACUGUCACGCCUGCCCCAGCAGCAACCUGGUGGCCAUCGCACUGUCACACUAUGCUGUGGAGCUGUGGGACAUAGAGACCAGUAAGAAGAUGGCUGACUGUAGUGGUCAUCUGAGCUGGGUCCAUGGAGUCCAGUUCUCCCCUGACGGAUCUCUACUGCUCUCCUGUUCUGACGACCAGACCGUCAGGGUGUGGGAGACUAAUAAAGUCCACACCUCCUCGGCUGUCUGUCUGAAGAGGGACUCUGACGUGCUCUUUAACAACGAUGACAUUACUGUGGUCGCCGCCGACAACCGCAACAGACUGCAGGUGAGGAAUGGGAGGACCGGAGCGGUGAUGUUCCAGUCAGAGAACCAGGAGUCUCGUAUCCGCUGCACUGCGAUCUGCUCACAGACCUCAGCCGUGGGGCUGGGACGAGAGGAUGGGACGAUACAGGCAGGAGGGAAGACAGUUAGGCAGGUACUGAGGACCAUUGGAUGGAGGACUCUACAGCGGCUGACCCCUCACAGGGGCUUGUUGCUGGCGCUAGGGCUAGAAACAGGCAGUGUGCAGGUGUUGGAGGUGCCGUCGGGGACCUCUCUAGCCACUCUUCAGGGUCACACCAGGGCAGUUCUCCACUGCCAGUUCACCCCGGAGGGACACACACUCAUCACCUCCUCUGAGGACACCACCAUACGGGUGUGGAGGUGGAGGACAGGUGAGUGUGUGGUUCUGGAGGGCCACAAGGAGCAGGUCAGAUGCUUCUCUCUGCUCACCACCUCACCCUCCUCAGAGACACAUCUCCUCAGCUGGUCCUUUGACGGCACCAUCAAGGUGUGGGACAUGUCUAGUGGUGAACGGCUCCAGGAUCUAGUGUGUCACCAGGGGGCGGUGCUAGCCUGUGACGUGUCUCCUGACGGACAGCUCUUCGCCACCACCUCCGCUGACAAGACUGCCAAGGUGUGGAGCAGUGCAUUGUGGGAGUGCGUGCGCCUGUUGAACGGCCACCAGGACUGUGUCCGCAGCUGCCGCUUCUCUUGGGACGGCCGGCGCCUAGCAACCGGCGACGACAACGGAGAGAUACGGCUGUGGAACGUGAAGGAUGGUACUCUGCUUAAGAUCUGUUCCCGUGACAACAAGGACGCCAUGGACUCUCUGCAUGGAGGCUGGGUGACCGACCUGCACUUCUCCCCUGACAACACUGUGCUGCUGUCUACAGGAGGAUACAUUCAGUGGUGGAACGUGGAGAAAGGAGAGGCCCUCCAGACCUUCUACCCAACAGGAGCCAAUCUGAAAAGGAUCCACGUGUCACCUGACUUCUCCACCUUCGUCACCAUCGACAAUAUCGGAAUCCUCUACAUCCUGAAGAAGGUGGAAUGAGAGGGAGGCAUAGCUCAUAAGUCUAAAGUGGUUUCCUUAUAGCUCAUUAGUCUAAAGGGGGCGUAGCUCAAUAAUGGAAAUAGUUCUCGUCUCCUCUCCUUGCAUUGAUCUGAAAGAGCCAGACAGGUGAGAGCCAAUGUCCGUUAGUCAUCUGCCAUGUUGCGUUCUCAGAUCAGAGUAGGUGAAGAACAGGAGAUCUGCUAAAGGACAAUCAUUUCUCCUGCUCUGCCUUCUGCAUGCCACAACAGUCAAACAAUCACAACAAAAUACAUCAUUUCUCCUGCUCUGCCUUCUGCAUGCCACAACAGUCAAACAAUCACAACAAAAUACAUCAUUUCUCCUGCUCUGCCUUCUGCAUGCCACAACAGUCAAACAAUCACAACAAAAUACAUAAUUUCUCCUGCUCUGCCUUCUGCAUGCCACAACAGUCAAACAAUCACAACAAAAUACAUCAUUUCUCCUGCUCUGCCUUCUGCAUGCCACAACAGUCAAACAAUCACAACAAAAUACAUCAUUUCUCCUGCUCUGCCUUCUGCAUGCCACAACAGUCAGAACAAUCACAACAAAAUACAUCAUUUCUCCUGCUCUGCCUUCUGCAUGCCACAACAGUCAAACAAUCACAACAAAAUACAUAAUUUCUCCUGCUCUGCCUUCUGCAUGCCACAACAGUCAAACAAUCACAACAAAAUACAUCAUUUCUCCUGCUCUGCCUUCUGCAUGCCACAACAGUCAGAACAAUCACAACAAAAUACAUCAUUUCUCCUGCUCUGCCUUCUGCAUGCCACAACAGUCAGAACAAUCACAACAAAAUACAUCAUUUCUCCUGCUCUGCCUUCUGCAUGCCACAACAGUCAAACAAUCACAACAAAAUACAUCAUUUCUCCUGCUCUGCCUUCUGCAUGCCACAACAGUCAAACAAUCACAACAAAAUACAUCAUUUCUCCUGCUCUGCCUUCUGCAUGCCACAACAGUCAGAACAAUCACAACAAAAUACAUCAUUUCUCCUGCUCUGCCUUCUGCAUGCCACAACAGUCAGAACAAUCACAACAAAAUUGAUAUCCUGACAAAAUGAACUAUUGUGCUUUUCUUAUUGUAUCAGGGGACCAUAGACAAAAAGCAUUUGAUUCUUACUGCACUGGGGUAAAUUGUAUGCAAUAUGGAGAGAAUUUUCUAUGCUCUUUUUAACUAGGAAAAUCUAUGCUAUAAUGAAAUGCACCAGCAUUAUCUGUUGUGAUUCUACGGUGAUGUUGUCAAACACAGUGAAUUGGUUUUGUAUUUCUAAGUGCCCAAUGAGUCUUUUGCUUUGUUAAUGUCGUGGCACUCUGCAAAUGUUCAUGAUUGUGUUCUGUCGUCUUAAACAAAGUACAUGUAUUUUUCCCUGUGAAGUUCGGGCGGCAGGGAGCCUAGCGAUUUAAGAGCGUUGUGCCAGUAACCUAAAGGUUGCUGGUUCAAUCUGAGCUGACUGGGUGAAAAAUCUCUCUAUGCCCUUCAGCAACACACUUAACCCUAAUUUGCUCUUGUAAGUCGCUCUGGAUAAGAGUGUCUGUUGACUAAAAUGUAAAGGUCUAAACCUGUGUAUUUGGAGUCACUAAAGCCUUAAAGAUGGAUUCCGCAGUAUGGGGAAGCCUACCCACCACUUUUUUUUAAAUUCAAACCUUGACCUAAGGCAUUUGUCAGAAUAGCAUCUGUCGACUGUUUACUAUCAAGUUCAACACUGUUUAGGACAUUUUAUACACUAAUUAUAUCAAUAGAGCCUGUUUUUUUUGUGUUUUUUUUUGUACAAGUCCUUUUUUAUUGUAUAUAUCUUGCUUUCAUACAUUUAGUUUUCUUAUUACUACUGAUCCACGCUCUAGUGAGCUUUAAUAAGGCACUAUGAUUUAUCUCUUGUGGUCUGUAUCAAGGGCAUGGCCUUGUUCCAAUACUUUGACAAUGUGUCUUUGCUUCCUUCCUUCCAUCAUUGCUUGUCGUCAUCUCUGAUCUGACGCUAUUGAAUAGCUGACCGAUUGCUUCCACUUCAUGGCUGACAAUCCAGAGUCAUUUCAAAUCUGUGAAUUUUUGAAAGGAAAGGAUGUGUUUUCAAAGUAUUCAAUCUGGGCCUUGUUUUUGAUGUCAGAACAUGUGCUCUUACCUAUUGGUGCUUUAAGUAAAUCAUCAGAGGAGGUCUCUCCCUGUCAAUCAAAUCUGUGAAGUCUCGAGGUGAUCUCAGGACAUGAAUACUGUUAUGGUAAAGUGCUUGUGUGUGGUCUGUAAUGUAUAAUGUUUUAUUCUCUAAGGUAUUAUAAGACAGCAGGUGGCUUACAUACUCCUCUAAAUGUGUCAUUAAAUCAUUUGAUGUUCACUGUCCAGAGCAUAGGGUAGUAUUUGAUCUGCACUGAACAAAAAAAACACAUGUCAAGUGUUGGUCUCAUGUUUCAUGAGCUGAAAUAAAACAUUCCUGAAAUGUUC